UUUCUUUAUCAUGGGUUUUGUCCGGUUUAUCUGGGGCAUACUAAAAUCAGCUGUCACUUUCUCAAGCCUUAAUCAUCCUUUAUUUUGGAAAGCAGUUAAUCAGUACAUACUUACAUAAGCAUUAGCAUGUAUUUAUAAUGUGUAUGAGGUGCAGGUAGACACAUCCAUUUUACCUGAACAGAGAAUCUUCAGUGCUCAUAAGUUCUGUCCUCAUGGCUUGGAACUUGGGUUUGUUUGUUUCUUUGCUUGUGGUGUUUUCCAGUGGCUUCACUGAAGCCACCACCACAAGACGCAUGGAUGACUUCAUCAGUGCUGUGGAGAGAACUGAAGCUGAGAAUCCAGGGCUUCAGAUGCUCGAUGUGGUCAAAGGUUUACGUAAGGCUGCUGGCUUUGAAACCAACCUCAUCAAGCAUCACCUCGGGGAUCUCAGUGAUGCACACGACCUUGUGACAGAUCCAUCAGUCAUUUCAUACUUAAGCAAGGUCAUUAAGCACAGCAUAUCACAGUUGGGUGAGGAGGAAGGUGUAGUUCUGAUUUUAGAUGGUUCAAAUGUGGCGUUGGCCCCAAUGCUCCUCGGACUUGAGGCUGGGCUGCAGUCGACCAUCCAAAGCCUGUACCCUUUAACCUUGACCGAGAACCUAGUUGCCUCUUUUGUCCAUCAUGCCCACAAUGAGCAAUCCAGCAUUCCUCUGGGCACUAAAGGUUUCUGGGAUAGCAUUAAAUCCCCAAAAGUGUACACUCUCUCUGGUUUGCCCUCCUUGGCAACAGACGCCCUCAUAACCGGAGGUAUUGACGGGCUCAUUCUUGGGUCAGAAGUUGCCACGUCAGACCUUCGUGAGCUUUCACUGAGUGACCUUCUGAAGAGUUACUACAGCCACCAACUUAACGCCGCAGGGUUGGACGCAGUGCCCCGUCUGAUCAGUCAAAAUCGAAGGAUGAACUUUAAAAAGUUUGUCAGCUUCUCUUUGCUGAAAAACCAAGUGGUUCAGGCUCUAACAGUUCGUCGUAACUUAAAUGAGUCUGAGAGGAAGAGGCUGGAUGAUGUCGUGAACGAGGGGUUUGAGGAAUUUGUCCAUGUAUAUGCCGGUAAUUAA